UAUUUAGUUAUGCAUUGGAUUGACUAUUACUCAUUGUUCUAUAAAAUAGUAUUACAUAACACUUCUAUAUCCUAUACUAAUAACUUUUAAUGGAGAAUAAAAAGAAGAUAAAUUAAUGCAUUUAUUAAACAUUAUUUUAUUGAUUACCUUUAAAGAAUACAGUUACUUGACAACAAUUUGACAAAAUUUAUUUCAUCACGUUUUUUUGAAAAAAAAUGGAAACAAUAAAAGAAUACCCAGAUGAUAUGCUACCACAAGGACCUGUUUCCUAUUUACGCAUUCCAUCAUCUCGUCCCGAAACUUAUAAAUCAACGUCCACUGUGUAUGAUGUUGAUCCAAUACACACUUUCAACAAUAAUGAUGGUGAUGAUGUAGAAGUUGAGAUUGAUUUAGAAAAACUAUCACCCCCAUUACCACCAGAUGGAGGAUGGGGUUGGUUUAUUGUAUUUGGUAGCUUUUUAUGCAUGGUACUUGUGGAUGGAAUGUGUUUUUCCUAUGGACUAUUUCUUAGUGAAUUAGAAGAAACAUUUGGUGCAUCAAAAAUGCAAAUGACAUUGGGGGGAUCAUUAUUAACUGGAUUUUAUUUCAUGGUUGGUCCUCUUGUUAGUGGUCUUUUAAACAAAUUUGGUUCAAGAGAAGUUGUAAUUGUUGGUACUUUAAUUUCAACAAUAUCAAUUCUAGCUAGUACAUUUAUUUACAAUUUGGAUUUAUUUAUUGUUAUAUUUGGUAUCUGUGGGGGUAUCGGAUAUGGAUGCAUUUACCUUCCAGCGGCCACGGUAGUCACUUCCUGGUUUGUGAAAAAACGCGCCACUGUAACUGGAAUCAUAAUGGCUGGCAGUGGGAUUGGCGGUGUAAUCUACAGUUUAGUCGUUCCAUCUCUAAUUAAAAUAUAUACAUGGCGUGGUUGUAUUCUAUUGUUAUCUGGUGUCAAUUUACAUUGUGCUAUAGCCGGUGCUCUAUUUCGUCCAUUACGUCCAACUGAUUAUAAGCAUGAAUACAAUGAAAGUGAAGACGUGGAAAACAUGUACCCUAAUACAACAGCGAACUUUACAACAGAUCCACUACUAGUUGAAAAUGAAACUGAAGCCUUAACGCGACAAAAUACUGAAAUAAAUGCUACAAGUGAAAUAGAUCAUUCUGUAUCUAAUAUAAAUUCAAUAAGAAAACCAAAAACUUCAAUUAUUAAAUUACCACCGGAAAAAGGAUUAAACUAUCCAUGUCGUUUAAAACGAACAAGUACAAUUGACGAAGGUGCAGUGAUUACCUACGGAAAUCAAAUUGUUCCCGGAAAUAUCCAGAAUAAUCCUUCUGAAGGUGUACCUGUAAUGAGUCUUGAAGCAGUGAAUCGUAUUGUAGGAGAUGUUCUCAAUCGUCAAACAAUCACAUCUUGUACAAGUUUAGCACCUCCAGAAUUCACUGCCAAACCUAAAUUAUCUGUAAUUCAGUCACCAAGAUCCAUUCAUUCAAGUUACAUACAAACAGAACCCAAUGAUCCUGCUGUAGCACACAAAAGGUCAGAAAACUUUGGGAGUAAUGCUUUUUUUGCUUCGGUUGUCUCAUUAAAAAUGCCCUCAUCAGAAUUAAAUCAAUUGAAUGAUCCAUCAAUUUGCCAAGCUAUCGUGAAUGAAUUACAAAGAGAAAUGUCAAGACCAGCUUAUAAGAAAGAUUUAUUCCUUAGUGGAAGUUUGAUACAUCUUAAUGAAUUCCUAUCUACUACUGAUGUAGCCUCAUAUAUUCGAUCAGUAACAAUGCCCGCUGAAGAAAUGCAUAUACGUCAACCGAUAUGGUCUAUGAUUAAAAAUGUUUUAGAUAUAGAAUUAUUGAAAAGUCCAACAUUUAUACUACUUUCGAUUUCUAGUGUACUCAGUAUGAUUGGCUAUUGUGUUCCAUAUCAAUUUCUUAAAGAUAACGCUCAACAACUUGGUGCAAGUGAAUCAUCUGCAUCGUAUUUAUUAGCAUAUCUUGGUGGUUCAAAUACAGUUGGAAGAAUAUUGACAGGUUGGUUAUCCGAUCAAUCAUGGGCUAAUGUACUUUACAUUAAUAACAUUUCAUUGGUUGUAUCAGGAUUACUUACAUCUUUGGUCCCGUUAAUUACAGUUUACGGAGGGUUAAUUGGCUAUUCAUGUUUAUAUGGACUCUCAAUAUCUGCAUUCAUAUCAGUUCGAACAAUUUUAAUUGUUCAAGUUUUGGGCUUAGAUCGAUUAACCAAUGCUUUUGGAUAUAUGUUACUGUUUCAAGCUUUCGCAUAUAUUGGGGCACCACCAGCAUUCGGUGCUAUGUAUGACCGGUUCAAAAACUUUAAUUUAAUCUUUAUUCUUGGUGGAUUAUCUGUUUUUAUAUCAGGUUUACUUUGUUUUCCAUUAGCUAAAUUAUCUAAAUGGGAAAAUCGUGAAUCAUAUCAAUCAGAUGAUAAUGAAAUUAUUUAUGAAAAAACUAAAGAUCAAAGUUUAUAUCCUAUACGUUUAUUAAGACGUAUACGUGAUUGGUUUAAUAAACAUUUUCAAUGUUCUAAACAUUCAAAUGAUAUUUAUUAGAGUAAUACUAAAUACUUAUUUAUGAAUUUACUUUUCUCAAAAGAUCUACUUCAUAAAUGUUGAUCAAAUUGUAAUUAAAAUUAAACUUAUUAUGAUUAUGAUUAUUAUUAUUUACAUUGUGAAUAAUAAGUAAACAAAAUAAAAAAAGAGAUCAUGAUUUCGUCAAUUUCUGCCUAUACUACUUAAUAUUAUUAAUAUAAUAAAAAGUUGAGAAUAUAAUAAUAAUAAACAAUUGAUUAUUUGUUUCUAAAAUAUGUUACUAUUAAAUUCAUUGUUUGUUUGUUUGUUUGUUCCUGUUUUUGUUUUUCGUUGUUUUUUACUGAAUGAUUAAAAAACAAAUAAAUUAUUUUUAACACCUUUAACUUAAAGCAUUUAACUAUGCAUAAAAGAAAAAAACUGGUCUCCACUCUCUUAUUAAGUUUUCUUCUUUUCCUUUUCAUGGUGAUGUUGAAAAUAUAUAAAACAUAAUCUCAAUUCAUAUAAUUUGUGUAAGCAUUUGUUUUCUUUUUUUUCCAUUCCAUAAAUGCCAAAUUACGCAAUAGAACACGCGAUUAUAUAUAUAUAUAUAUAUAUA